CCUUGUAAACCCUAAGCCCAAGGUUUCAUCAUCGACAGUUCUUCUGAACUCUCCUUCGAGUUCCUCCAUGUCCAUUCGAACCUCUGCCUUCGCCACCGUCACCCUUCUCCGCUCUCUCACUCUUUCCUUCCCUCUAUGCCACCACCACUUCCGUUGCCGGAACUACGUCAUCCGUUCUCUCUCUAUCCCAACAUAUUCAGCGAAAGGACGACGACAACUUCCGAGGAUUCCUGCCUUUGCUUCCAGUUCUUCCGUUGAAGCGUUGGUGCAUGACCGGGAUUCCCCGGCCGAAUCUGAAGAGCCUUUGUGUUCUCCAUACAGUACUGGCGCUGAGGGGUUUGCGUCGGCGGAUUUGAAACACUUGGGAGCGCCUGCGCUUGAAGUCAAGGAGCUGGAUGAGUUGCCGGAGCAAUGGCGUAGAUCCAAAUUGGCUUGGCUUUGUAAAGAAUUGCCGGCACAUAAGCCGGGAACAUUGAUACGACUGCUUAAUGCUCAGAGGAAAUGGAUGAAGCAGGAUGAUGCGGCCUAUGUCAUCGUGCAUUGUUUGCGUAUUCGCGAAAAUGAGACUGCUUUUAGGGUGUACAAGUGGAUGAUGCAACAACAUUGGUACCGAUUUGAUUAUGCUUUAGCUACUAAGCUUGCUGAUUACAUGGGCAAGGAACGGAAGUUCUCAAAGUGUCGGGAAGUAUUCGAUGAUAUAAUUAAUCAGGGAUGUGUGCCAAGUGAAUCCACAUUUCAUAUAUUGAUUGUUGCCUACCUUAGUGCACCUAUUCAAGGAUGCAUAGAGGAAGCAAGUGCCAUUUACAAUCGUAUGAUUCAGUUAGGAGGUUACGAACCACGUCUUAGCUUGCACAAUUCUCUCUUUAAAGCUCUCUUGAGCAAACCAGGGGAUUUGUCAAAGCAUCAUCUUAAACAGGCUGAGUUCAUAUAUCACAAUCUGGUAACAACUGGACUUGAGUUGCAUAAAGAUAUAUAUGCUGGUCUAAUUUGGCUACAUAGUUAUCAGGAUACUGUAGACAAAGAAAGGAUAAUGUCACUAAGGAAAGAAAUGCAACAAGCAGGAAUUGAGGAAGAAAGAGAAGUCCUUGUAUCCAUCUUGAGAGCGAGCUCGAAAUUGGGGGAUGUGAUGGAAGCAGAAAGAUCGUGGCUUAAACUUAAGUCUUUUGAUGGUAGCAUGCCAUCUCAGGCUUUUGUUUACAAAAUGGAAGUAUAUGCAAAGGUGGGUAAUCCGAUGAAAGCUUUCGAGAUAUUUAGGGAGAUGGAGCAGUUGAACUCUGUAAGUGCUGCAGCAUAUCAGACAAUUAUUGGGAUUUUAUGUAAAGUUGAAGAGGUAACACUUGCAGAAUCCGUCAUGGAAGGCUUCAUAAAGAGUAAUUUAAAGCCCCUCAAGCCAGCUUAUGUUGAUUUGAUGAAUAUGUUUUUCAAUUUAAGCUUACAUGAUAAGUUAGAGUUAACCUUCUCCCAGUGCCUUGAGAAGUGUAAACCAAAUCGUACUAUUUACAGCAUAUAUUUGAACUCUUUGGUAAAAGUUGGUAAUCUCGACAGGGCUGAAGAAAUAUUUAGCCAGAUGCAAACAAAUGGAGAAAUUGGUGUAAGUGCUCGUUCAUGCAACAUUAUUUUAAGUGGGUACCUGUUAAGUGGGGAUUAUUUGAAGGCUGAAAAAAUAUAUGAUUUGAUGUGUCAGAAAAAGUACGACAUUGAUCCUCCAUUAAUGGAGAAACUUGAUUAUGUCCUAAGCUUGAGUAGGAAGGAGAUUAAGAAGCCAGUAAGCUUGAAGUUGAGUAAAGAACAAAGGGAGAUUUUAGUAGGGUUGUUAUUAGGUGGCCUGGAGAUCGAAUCUGAUGAAGGGAGGAAGAAUCAUAGGAUCCAAUUUGAAUUCCAC